AUGGUAGAUAAUCAACAAAAUAGAAAAAGAAAAAAAUCACGUCAUCACAACAACAACUACCAUCAACAAUCCAAUCACCAACAAUCACAACCACAAGAUUCACAAUCAUCAUCAACAUAUAUACCGAACAAUUCACAAAUACAAUUACAAUUAACAAAUGACAAAAAAGAUACAAAACCAAUAAAGUCACAAUCAGUAGAUGAAUCAAAAGUUUUGCUGUUAUUAUCGAAAUUUGCACCAAAAGUUACAAUUACUAAUCAAACAAAGCUAACUCACAUAACUAUAAUACUAAGUGAAUCAGAAUCUCAACUACUAGAAGCCAAGAAUUUAAAACAAAUAUUGGUUGAUAAAUUCGGUAUAAAAGAUCUUGUGGUAGAAAAUAAAGAAGGUAAUAUCGACUCACUAAUAACGAUAUACGGCCAACCAAUAUCAAUUUCAAAAGCAAUUACAUUUUUGGUAUUUGUGGUGAACAGUCAAUUAAACAAUCUAGCUAACGAAUUAUUCACUUUAAAAUCAUCAAAUUACAAAAUCCAUUUAUUACUCAAAACAGCACAAAGAGUUCAUGGAAUAAAAUAUAUGGAUAAUCUUUCAAUAAAUUAUGAUAUUGAUAGUUUCAACGUUUUCAUUCAAGGUGAUUUUAAUUCCAUUUUCAAUUUCUUAUUGGAUGUUAUAGAACAUGGUGGGAAUGAAAUUGAUAUUAACUCAAUAAAAUGUGAAUCUAAUUUUGGUAUACAUUUAGAUCCUGCUUUGAAAAAUAUAAGUAAUGAAAAUUUAAAAUUAAAAGAAAGUAGUAAAAGUAAAUUAUUAAAAUAUUUAUAUAAUUCACUGAAAUUAAAGCAAUUAAAAUCAGAAAAUAAGAAAAAAAGUAAAUGA